AUGUCGGCCGAGUCAGUCCUGCCCGCGGGCGCCAUCAGCCUCCGCGACAACGAGGCGAACGAGCACGACGACCGCAACAAUGCUUGCUGGGCGAAAAGCGUCGAGAUUGUCAGCUACACUGUCGUCAACGGGAGUGCCACAAACAUUGGUGCCUUUGUAGUGUGGAACAUUCGUGUCGAGACGCUGAAUGGGAGCUACAUGAACAUUCGAAAGCGAUAUUCCGAGUUUGACGACUUUCGGUACCGACUGGUCCAGACCUUUCCCGGCUUCGAGGCGGCAGUUCCGGCUCUUCCGCCCAAGAGCGUCAUCUCCAAAUUCCGGCCCCGAUUCCUCGAAAAGAGGCGGGCAGGUCUUCAAUACUUUCUCAACUGUAUAUUGUUGAACCCAGAGUUCUCUGGCUCGCCAGUGCUCAAGGAGUUCCUCUUCGCAUAG